ACAAGAAGAAGACACGCACGCACGCACACACACACAUACACACAUACACACACACACACACAACACGCAAAGAGACACUUACGAUGACCGAAUCGAAAGGAUUGUGGCAGGCCAGGACUGUCGCUGCUGGUGCUGGUGGUGGUGGUGAUGGUGGUGGUGGUAGUAGUGAUGAUGGUGGUGGUGGUGCUAUUGCUACUGCUACUGCUGCCAACGAAGAAACCCCUCGGAACUCUGUUGAGCUUUUUCGUUCGCCUAUCUCAUAGUCCGUACGUACACCCUCAAGAUUUGUGCUCGAGCGUGGAAAGCAAGCGGGAGAGGGUGAGCGGAUGGGACCGCUGGAAAACGGCGAAGGAGGAAGUGUAUUCGCGAGGCGCGAGAGGGAAAAGGUGGGGGAUCGCUACCGCUCCCCAAAAGGGGUGGCCAGCGGGUGGCCAAGGGAAAGAGGGGCGUCGACGAACAUGGAUAUGGGUCACUCGACGAUCGAUGCCGAUACCGAGUGUCGCUGCGUUCUUCGAACUCCCUUACGAUCUCCCAUUCUCUUUUUCCUCCCUUAUCUAUUUAACUUCUGCUUUCAGAGGGAGAGAGAGAGAGAGAGAGAGAAAGAGAGAAAGAAUCAUCGUCCAAGCUAUCUUUUAGAUUUUAAAAACUCCUCCUAAUUUGGCAAACGUCCUAGUUUCGUAAACGUGCCACAUCCGAAAAGAUUGCUUUCGUACGCAUCUACGCGAGGGUGUAUUUUUCACAAAAGACCAAUCAAUACGCUCGACGACGACGACGACGAUGACAACGACGACGACGACGACGACGGCGACGACGAUGACGACGACGACGACGACGACGAUCUACCGAUAUCUUUUCGGCCUCACCAUUGCUCUCGUUACCCUCGUCCUUCUCCUCCACAAGCGCGCGCACCCACACACCUACACCUAACGAUACCAUUGGUUUGUUCUCCCCUCUCUAUUACUUUACUACCCCUUUUUGCAACCUAUUCUCUCUCUAAAAUAUCAUUUUUAGUCUAUAAUAAUAGAUUAUAAUGAAAAGUUAGAUCCCAUUUACUAUGAUCUCGUAGUAAUUCAGAAUAAUCGUUAUGGAGACAAAGUCAGGAGCGUAUAUUAUUUGUCAUAUGCCGAUUAUUUAUGGGCUAGGGAAAAUAGGGGUGUUCUAAUUACGGCCCUGCCUUGGGCGCAGGCGUUUCGACGAUCCGACGACGUCACGACGUUACGUCUUACACACCCAAGUUAUACGCUCGCUUAUCAAUGAACGUACGACGCCUACGGCAAAUCCUGUUCCCUCUAGUGGUGAACCGGCCGACCGGGCCACCCGUUAGCCUUGUCACUACUCUCGAUUCCCGUUGCAACUUUGCUUUUCUUCCUUCUUUUCUCUUCUCUCUCUCUCUCUCUCUCUCUCUCUCUCUCUCUCUCUCUCUCUUGUCAUCAUUGUUUUCAUGCAUACGACAAUACAAAUCACGAUGCUUUUUCAUCUUUCAACCGAUGAUCGAGAAUGAAUCGAGCAAGCCUCGUCAAUCGAUUCCAUCACUGAUUUAGUUCUCCUUUAUUUUUUCUCUAUUUUUAUGGAAAAACGUUUGUUCUUCAUUGAAAACUGUCUUACGAUCUGUCUAAUAAUAUGUAUAAUAUUAUGAAAGGGUUGAAAAAAAGAAACAAUUAAAGACCCGUGUCAUAGAAAAAAGAAAAGAUACAUACACGCGGCGAACAGUUUUCAUCAACGAGCCGUAUGCAAUUUUUAUCCAUCGGAUCUUCUGAUGGUCAUUGUUUUCGUUGUUUCAAUUUAUCUCGAACGUUCUCGAACUGUUCGAUCGUUGAUAAGCCUAUAUAAUUAGCACGUAUCCAAUUUACGAUUGCUUUAGUUGGAAAUAAUUUGACCAAAGUAGAGCCAUCCAAGCAAAAGGGGAACGCAUCGCAAGGACAAAUUCGGCAAAAGACAAAAUAGCAACAGAGUAGAGAAAAACGGGACGCAACGUGCUAAUAAAAUAUAGGAGUAUUUCAUACAGCAUUUAGAGAAAUUUUCUUAUGAAAGAUUUGCAUUAGCGAUAUUACUGCUUUCUAAUAUGAAACUCGGACAUACGAUCGAAGAUUCGACAAAAAAGUACCCCGAACUUUCGGAUGAACUAUUACUAAAGUUGGAAGAAUGGAUUCGGCAAAGAAACCUUUCUGAUAUUCCAGUAGAACAGUUGGCAAUCUUUGCGCACAGUUGCUAUUUUCAAAUCGACGCGACAUUGCGAUGCAUGGAAGCUUACUACAAAAUAAGAACAACUUUCCCCGAGGUCUUUAGCAACCGCGAUCCCAAUUCAGAGAGCUUGCAAUGUACCCUAAAAAAGCUAAACAUUACAGCGCUACCUGUACCGGAUCCCAAUGGAUAUCGUAUUAUUUUUAAGCAAUUAAAAGACACUGAUCCAAAUAAAUACAAAUUGGGCGAUGCUUUAAAAUUACUCAUGAUGACUGUGGAUGCAACUCUUUAUACCGAAGGUUGCGAACCCGGUUAUAUUUUUCUUUUUGACAUGACUGGUGUAUCCUUGGGACACUUAUCUACACUUUCCAUCAGCAGUAUUCGAAAAUUCUUUCAAUAUAUUCAAGACGGAAUACCAUUUAGAUUGAAGGGUAUUCAUAUUCUAAACGCUACCUGGAUCCUCGACAAAGUUCUCGCAAUCAUAAGACCCUUCAUGAAUCCAGAAUUUUUUAAACUGAUACACCCAUACACCGGCGAUGUGUCGGAAGUUUACCAACAUAUACCUCCCAAAUGCCUUCCUAAAGAUUUUGGCGGAGAAUUGGACUACGUUGAAGUACUUAAAGAGCAAAAUGACCAUAAAUUACAACAAUUGAGAGAGUAUUUCCUCGAAGAAGAACUCGUUAGUCAAAACUACAGUGCUCCGCAAAAGAAGAAAAAAUAAUUGUAACGAUUUUCAUUGAUCUUGUUUAUCUUGCAAAUUAUACACAAUGAAUCUUUGAAGAAUAAAGAAAAAUAUAUAGAUAAAAAAAAAAAAUAAA